UUGCUCUCAGCAGACGGCACUCGGAGGCGCAGCGAUCUUGUCCCGUUGGCCGGCUGGGCUGAGGAGGAUGGCGGACGCUUCCAGCAACGCAGGGAUGUUGCUCGUCCUCCCCCUGAUAUUCCUGGGUAUUCCAGGCGGAUAUGCUGCGGACAGCACACAGGUGCAAGUGGAGUGCAUCGUCUACAACAUGGACUACUUGAUCUGCGACUGGGGCAGCAAGCAAAGGCCAGCCGCCAACCACUCGCUGUACUACUGGUACACAAACAGCAACGAGCCCAUGAAGGAGUGCAAGAAUUACCUGCAGAAAGACGGAGUCAACGUGGGAUGCCGGAUAAGUGACAUUAACAUUUACCUGGACUUCAACAUUCGUGUCAAUGCCAGCCAGGACGACGUCAUUCCCACCGAACCCAUACAACUGCUGAACCACGUGAAGCCAAACCCACCCGUCAACCUCACCCUGCGAGAGCUGGACAACCACCAGCUGCUGCUGGAGUGGAACUCCACAUACCGGUAUCCACGCUGCCUGGAGCACAGGGUCAAGUUCAAGAGCAACAAAGACCCGGCCUGGAUGGUGCAGGGAACCACCACGACCACCUUCAGCAUGCCCAGCGUGGACCCCAACAAAACGUACACCUUCUUCGUCAGCAGCAAGGUCAGCACACAGUGCGGGAUGACGGACCUUUGGAGCGACCUGGCUGGCCCCCUUGUCUGGGGGAAAGAAGGGGAAACCCCAAGGUCAUUCUGGAUGGAGAGCAUCCUGGCCCCCGUGGUCUCCAUCCUGGUGCUGCUUGUGCUCCUCGUGGCCCUGAUCCACACGGAGAGGGUGCGGCUGGUGCUGAUGCCCAAGAUCCCCAACCCCAGCAAGAAAUUCGAAGAGCUCUUCACGGCAUACCAGGGCAAUUUCUCCGAGUGGGCCGGAUUUUCCAAGGACACCAUGGAAAGUUUCAAGCCCAUCUACUGCGAAAGCAUUUGCCAUGUCAAUGAACUGGUCCCGGGUGGCAAUGAUGCUCUGGGCAAAUUUGGAGGGACCUCUGUGGAAGCCCUGCCCAAGGCCAGCACCGAGUAGGGCCUGUGCAGCAGCGAUCUGUGCCGACGGAAUAUUUCCUGACGUCCCCUGCCAACCUCUAUUGAGCUUUCUUCCCUGGCAGCGGAGCAGUGUCCUCGGGCCUCUUUGGGCCUCCCCGAUCUUCCCCGGAGCCUGCAGUCAAAGGCCCUGCUGCCUCCAGUACCAGCUUUUCUCCAGUCCUCACUCCGCCGAGCUGGUCGCGUGGCCGCCCUUGCUUGCUUUACUUGCGUGCGGGAGCCCUCGACCGCCGAGGCGCUGCCGCUGCCCCCAGUCCCACCCAAAGGGCUGUGGGCUCAUGCAAAAGAGCUUCAGCACCGCGAGGCGUGUGUGGUUUUCUCACAACAUGUUCAUACUUGUGGGCCCACAGAUCUUACAGGCCAGAGCAUCCCUUUUAACAGCUGCCCCCAGCCUGGAGCUUUCCCCAGAUGUCCGAACUGCCAUGUCCAGCAUCCCUGAUCACUGACCUAGUCUGCCUAGGGGUGAUGUCAGUUGCAGGCCAGAAUGUCUGGAGGUCUGUGAAUGGCCUGGUUCUUGACUUCAGACUGGAAACUGAGAAAAAGGACACACCACAAGGCGAGGGCAGAACUUCCGAAGCAACCGCAGGACUGCUGAGCGUGAGGGAGAGCGUCUGUGGCGCGUGUGUGGUCCAGGCAGAAGGCAGUCCCGGGGCUCCCGGGGUGCACAGAGGGCUUUCUCUGUCGGACAGGCACUGGAACAUGCCUCAGGUUACCGCCAACGUGACACCUGCUCGAGCAGACCCACUGGAAUAAAUGGAACCCAAGCAAUCACGA